AUGGAAACUAUUUCUAAAACUGUUACAUCAGAGAUAGAAUAUGAAGAACCAAAUUAUUUUCAAACGGUUCUCAAACAAACUAAAAUAUUAUUAAUUAAAAAUUGGAGAAUUGCUUACCGUAAGACAGUAACCACAACCAUCCAAUUGACUGUACCAUUCUUUUUCGUAGGUGGAUUAUACUUGAUUCAAUUAGCUGUUUCCAAUGCAUUGGAUACAAAUGCUCAUUAUAGAAAUAGUGCAGAUAUUAAAGGUUUUUCUAGUCCAGACUCCCUCAAUGCUUUUAUUUUAACCAAUCCAAAUAUUACACAGGCCGCAUAUGUAUUUAAUUCUACAUCAAACGGUAUAUUCUCCUACGAUAUUCAGUAUAAUUCGAGUUGUAUUGCCAGUUGGGGUAGCUCUGGAAAUUUGUGUCCACCACCAGUAGAGAAUAUUAUCACACCAAUGCAAGUAACCAUGGAUAGACAAAUCAUUCGUUAUCAAAAUAACCUACAGAAUCCCACUUCCAACUCAUCCGAUGUUCAAAUUACAUGGAACAGUGGUAUCUUUGCACAUCCAAAGACUUUAACUUAUAAUAUUGUUACUGAUCUUGGUAGUAUAUUUUUCUUUGCAUCUUUGAUGUUCCAGUUUGUUCUGAUGCUACAAGACAUGGUGCUUGAAAAGGAAACCAAAUUAAAGGAAGGUAUGAGAAUGAUGGGUCUUAAGGAAAGUUCUUACUAUAUGUCAUGGUUCUUUACCUAUUUGAUUUUCAUUAUUCUUAAUGUCUUCCUUUUAAUUGCCUCUGGUUUUAUUUUCCAAUUUUCAUUCUUUAAACAUAAUGACUUUGGAACUUAUUUUUUCCUUUUCUUGUUCUUUGGUUUCUCCAUUAUUUGCUUUGCCUUUUUCCUGAGUGCCUGUCUUCGUAAGAGUCAAACAGCUACAUUCCUCGGAUUCUUUUUAUUCAUUCUGUUCUCAGUGCUCCAAGCUUUCAUCCCAAACUUAUUGUAUAUUGAAGGAAAGCCCUAUUCAGUUCAAGCUAUCUUUUCUUUGUUGUCGCCAGUUGUUUUUGCCAAGGGAUUGACUGACCUCGCCAUUGCCAGUGACAUGGGUGGUAUUAGAUGGUCUCAAAUCAGUAAUAACUCUCCAGUUUUUCCAUUGCUCAUGGUUUAUAGAUGGAUUCUUUUGGAUGGAAUCAUCUUUAUCGUGCUUGGAUGGUACAUUGAUAAUGUAUUCCCAGGUGAAUUCGGUACACCCAAACCAUUCUAUUUCUUCUUGACACCAUCCUAUUGGACUGAUAGUUCCUCAAUGAAAUGGGAAGCCAAUUCCGAAUAUGAACCAACGCCAGUCGAAGAUGAGGAUGUCCGCGCCGAAGAAGAAGAUGUCAACAAAAUGAACCAUGGAACUGAGCAUGCAGUCAUCAUCAAAAACCUGGUAAAAGUCUACCGUAACAAUAUGUUUUGGAAAUCAAAGAAGGAUUUCUACGCUGUAAAAGGUCUAAAUCUAACAAUGGAGAAGAACAAGUUGUUUUGUUUGCUCGGUCCAAAUGGUGCUGGAAAGACAACUACUCUCAGUAUGUUGACCGGUUUGUUUGGUCCAACCAAAGGAGAUGCUCUUAUCUUUGGUAAAUCUAUCCGUACCGAUAUGGUAGCCAUUAGAAAAUUCAUGGGUGUAUGUCCACAACAUGAUUUACUCUGGUCCCAUCUCACAGGUAGAGAACAUCUUGAACUCUACUCUGCAUUCAAGAAUGUAAAGGCUAGCCAAAUCUCAGACCAAGUCACAGAGCGUCUGAAUGAAGUCGGAAUCCAAAACUUGGCUGACAGUUUUGUCAAUGUCUACAGUGGUGGUGAGAGACGUAGAUUGUCGGUUGCCAUUGCAAUGACUGGAAAUCCACAGAUUGUAUUCCUCGACGAACCGACAACCGGUAUGGAUCCAGUAGCUCGUCACUCAGUUUGGCAAAUCAUUGAGAAUGCCAAAAGAAAACGUGCUAUCGUUUUGACUACUCACUCUAUGGAAGAAGCAGAUAUCCUCUCCGAUAAGAUCGGUAUUAUGGCAAUGGGUAGAUUAAGAUGUUUGGGAAACAAUCUUCACUUGAAGAAUAAAUUUGGUGCAGGUUACAAAGUAACUGUUUUCCUCAAGAGCGUUGGAUUGGGAAGUCAUUCAUCAAUGGCCAAUCUUAAUCUUGUAAAUAAUAUUCAAAAUAGAAUCAUCAGUUUCGUGCUUGCGACACUCGAAGGAACAUCGGUGGCAAGCAAGACAACCGAACAAAUCGUUUUCUCAGUUCCUCGUCAGAGAACAGAGCAACUUCCAUACUUUUUAGAAACUUUGGAAAUCAACCAAAACUCCCUACACAUUCACGAUAUCGAUGUUAAUCUUUCAACUUUAGAAGAAGUCUUCCUCAAGAUAGCUGAAGAUGCUGAAAAGGAAAGAAAAACAAAAUAA